AUGCUGUUUUUCCAAUUAUUUUAUCUCGCGACUUCCGUCUCAGCGGCUACUACUUUCGCAGGCGUCAACAUCGCAGGUUUCGAUUUUGGCGUCGACACCACGGGAACAGCUCAAUUAAAGGGAGUCGAUCCCCCUUUGAAGCAGUUCGGAGGGGUUGAUGGAGCUGGUCAGAUGCAGCAUUUUGUGAAAACCGAUGGGUUUAAUCUGUUUCGACUACCGGUCAGCUGGCAAUUCCUGAUCAACAACAACAACACAGUGAGCGAUGAAUCAUCAAACAGAACCUGUGGUUGCAAUAGUAAACCCGGAAACACGCUCGACGCGACCAACUUUCAAAAAUAUGAUGCGCUCGUCCAGGAAUGUCUUGCGACGGGAGCGCAUUGCAUUAUCGAUAUCCACAACUAUGCGAGAUUCAACGGGUUGAUAAUCGGCCAAGGAGGCCCUACGAAUUCGCAAUUCGCAUCUCUGUGGUCACAGAUAGCUACCAAGUACGCCAACCAAAGCUCCAUCAUCUUCGGCAUCAUGAACGAGCCGCAUUCCAUUCCCAAUCUCAACACAUGGCGCUCCACGGUCCAAAGCGCCGUAACCGCGAUCCGGUUCUCCGGCGCCACAUCCCAGACCAUCCUCCUCCCCGGGACGGGAUUCAGCUCGGCGCAGAGCAUCAUGAAUGGCUCUCUGCACUCCGUGACGAAUCCCGACGGGUCGACGACGAAUCUGGUUUUUGACGUGCAUCAGUAUUUGGAUAAGGGGGGAGCGGGUCAGGGGAGCGAAUGCGUGAGUAGCCAUGUAGAGGAGACGUGGAUACCGCUUGCUGCCUUUUUGAGAGAGAAUAAGAGGAUGGCGAUAGUGAGUGAGACUGGAGGGGGGGAUACAGAAUCCUGCUAUAUCAAUCUCUGCGCCGAACUCGCAUUCCUCAACGCGAACAAAGACGUGUUUCUAGGAUAUGCGGGAUGGUCCGCGGGGAGUUUCUCGACGGAAUAUAGUCUGGCGGAGACGCCGGUCGUGAAUGGUGAUGGAGAGAGGAGUUUUAGUGAUAGGCAGAUUGUGAAAAGAUGUGUGGCUGGGACGCGCGGGAAGCGGAAGGGGAGUGUAAGCCGGAGGAAUAGGAGGGUGUUGAGGGAGAUGAUGAGAGGAAGUAGUGUUUGA